CUUCGGGAUUCGGAAGGAAUGGCUUGAUCAUUUGAUCCAGUUAUAUAUUUUCCCUGAAAAGCUGCAGCGACGCGGAGUUUAUAACGAAAGCUCUCGCGAGCGCCGGCAUAAAGCUCCCUUUCCUCGCAGUCGAAAUAAAAGGAAAUGAUAAUAACGUUGCGUUACGUAUAGAGAUUACGUAAGCGUACACCACGUGUCGAGGGUCUCGAAAGCUGGAGAAUCGAUAAUGAGUCGAUAAGCCCCUCGUCGAACUUUCGACGUUCCGAUAAGCUCACGGCUAUAUAUAAUAGGUGAAAGUCCCGCCCGCGUCGACUGCUUCUAGUCUACGAUCUCACGAUGACCGCCAGUGUAACCGGGCUGCUGCUGAUCCUACUCCUUGGACUCGUCUCUGCGCAGACGGAGUCGUGGAAGAGCUGCGAGUUCGAUCCGGCCAAGGACCUGAACUACACGCAGGUGCUGUACCUGCACCCGAACGAGACGAGCUUCCUGUUCCCCGUGACGCCCGACAAGUUGCUUCUCUCCGGCGAUGGACCCGUGCUCAGAGUCGCCUGCCCCUCCGGAACCAUCUCCAUCCGCGACAAAGUCACCAGCCUCAGCUCGGUGCUGGUCGAGUGCAUGGGCGGCAAGGCAGUGAGGGUCAGCGGAACCUUCUUCUUCGGUCCUCUGAGCGACAUCGGCUGCACCGGUGUUCCAGCCGACGCCGUGGCUCAGCUGACCGAUCGCAAGACUGCGACCGGUAAAAAGCUGUGUGAGAUCGGUUACCAGGUCGGUCCCCUGGACUUUGUCCCAGUCGUCGACAGCAUCGCCGUCGGUCACGCACCCAACGGUGGACUCUUCCCGAGAUGGGUACAUUACGGACUCGUCAAUGUACUGCAGACCAGACCGACCGACUCCGAAGCCGUCACCCUGAAGAAGGGAGAGCUGUCACAGGACCUGGCUUACGAGCUGGUGUACGACAUUGGCGAGCAGAGGAACAGUUUCUUCGAGGACUUCGAGGACGAGGAGAUCGUCGAGAAGUACCUGCCCGAGAACGGCACCGAGUACUUUGUCGCCGCGCAGCUGAUAAGCCGCGAGGACCUGUACUACGAGGUUCAGCAGAGCGCCACAGCCUUCUACGAACUGACCACUCCGGCCUGGCAGAGCGUCGCCAACGGCAACUGGAAGCUCGUCUCCCAGGCCGUCCGCGAACUCGCCCAGCAGAACCUAGCCGACAUCCAGGUAUGGUCAGGUAUAUACCUGACGCUGUACCUGCCCAACGCCGACGACAAGAACGUCUACGUCAAACUGCCCGAGAGGCUCCGACCGGCCCAGUUCCUCUUCAAGUACGUCCUGGACCAGAGCAACAAGCGCGGAGUCGUCUUCGUCACCGUGAACAACCCCUUCCUCACCGCGGCCACCCCGAACAACGUCAUCUGCGAACCUCUGCCGAGCUGCGACCUCAAGUACCCCGAGUUCGCCGACUUCGCCAAGGGAUACACCUACUGCUGCAGCUUGAAGGACUUCAAGCGUCACGCCCAGAAAUUGGGAUUACCAACUUUCCAAGACAUCGAGACUUUCUAAACGACUGUAUUCACGGGAUUUAUACGACGAUACGACGUGCGUGCGAUGAGUGUGUCCUCCUAGCUUUAAGCCAGACCUUUUAGUAUUACGACGAGCUUCUUCUCUCGAACGAGCAAUAAACGAAGUGUAUUGUAAAAGAAGGAAAAUCUGGCGAAGAAAAAAUGAAUCACU